AUGUUACUGCCUAGAAUGAAAUCUGAAAUGACUAUUACUCAAAAACUAACUGAAAAUGGUUUACAACAAUUUUGUCGUUUACGACCAAAUCAUAAAUCACUAUCUAUGAAUGAUCCAAAUUAUCAAAGAUAUGCAAAUCUGUUGAUGUCUUCAAUAGGCAAUAUAGUGUGUGUUUAUUCUGUACUGGAGGUUGAACAAGCUUUAUGUAAAAAGAUUGACGCUGGUGAAACAAAUGAACAUUCAACAAAGAAAUUGGCUAUAGCAGCUUGUAGUCUCCCGUCGAUUGACAAGCCUGUCUUCCCAUCGCUGUCAAAUGAUUUGUUAUCAUUUCUGGAAAAGUAUACUGAAGACAAUUCAUACGUAGUUCUGGUCACCGAUCAAAACAGCUGCAUUGUACGUAAUCAUGAUCAAGUGAUUAGUCGGAUAAGCAAAGAGGAUAAUUCUAAUGAAGUUGCAGUCUAUCCACCGACAAUCUUAGAACCACAAGACUUAUCCACAUUACAUAUGCCGCUUGACUGGAAUUCAUCAAAUCCAACGCCCAACGAAUGUUGUCUACUUGCCUAUCGUUUAUCAGAUGAAGGUAGUUGGCGUUCAUGGACAAAUUUAUAUACUUCAGGUGUAUGGACUGGAGAGGAAAAAGCCACCGCCACCACCACUGAUGGUGAUGCGGAUGAUGGUGCGAAUAAACAGCAUGGCGACGAUGCUGAUGGUGAUGGUAUACAUGAUCUGAAAAGAACACCAAGUGGCACAAGGAAUACACAGAAUCCAGCGGCGAAGACUACCACUGAUGAAGUCGAUCCAGACGAUAUGAUAUUGGAUAGUGUUAAUGUUGCACUGACACGUGCUCAACACUUAGAAGAGAAAGAGAAACGACGUUUGCUGGCGAAUAAAUUUAAUUUUAGUGAUUAUUGUUCAGAUUUAUGGCAAUAUAUUGAUCCUGUUACACUAGCCUCUACCUAUAAGGGAAUAUUAAGAUCUAUGAUGGAGGAUAAAACAGCAGCAACCACCGCCGCCGCAUUUGAAAGAAUUCGUUUCGAUUGUUGGCCAGCUAGUCCAUAUCAACUGUUGGAUUUAUUGCGUUUAACACUAUGUCAUAUGGAAUCAAAGAUCCCUCUAGCAUUCUUCACACCUGCCUGGCGAGCUCAUCGUACUGAAUGGAUUAAAGAUGUUCUAGAUUGUAAAUCACCAUCCGACCUGGCAUUUGUACUGGCUAGAUUGGAAGCAUCAAUUCGCACUGUAUGCUUUCAACGUGUAUGGUUCAGUUCACUGGGUCAUCUCAAUCUGGAACGAUUCACAGCUGCUCAAAGAGAGGAGGACAAGCGAAUAAGACAAUUUGAUCGCCUGACUUCAUCAUCAUCCUCUGCCGGUGGUGCUGGGAAUGCGGCGGCGGCCAGUUUACCUGCAAAUCUUAUACGUACAAAAACUCCUCAUCCAAUUAGACAUACAGUCUGGAAGACACGUGGUGAAGAAUAUCGCCGGUUAGGUGGAGAUGGUUGGAUGUGGAUAAGUUCAACACGUGGUAAUGCUGGCCGGGUAGCUCAACGUGCCUUUAAAACUCUUCCUCCAAUAUCUUAUUGGCGUAAUAAUGCUGCGGCAACAAGCAAUCGUCGUACUAAUCCUCGUGGCCUUCAACACGGUAUUGGAUGGGGUGUUUGUCCGGAAUAUAUAGAAGGUCAAAUACCCGUGAAACCGCCUAAAGCAAGUGAAUGUCGUGGGCAUGUCCUGCAUCCAAUCACAGGAUCCCAUUAUAUUUAA